AUGGACGCUGGGAACUGCUCUUGGGGCUCUGUCUUCAUCCUGGAGGGGCUCACGGACAAGCCGGGCCUGCAGCUCCCGCUCUUCCUUCUGUUCCUGCUCAUCUACGUGGCCUCGGUGGCGGGAAACCUGGGCUUGGUCCUCCUAAUCAGGCUCAGCUCUCCGCUCCACACCCCCAUGUACUACUUCCUCUGUCACCUGUCCUUCAUUGACCUCUGCUACUCCUCUGUCAUCAUCCCCAAGAUGCUCGUGAACUUCGUGUCCGAGCGAAACCUCAGCUCCUUCCCCGAGUGCAUGGCCCAGCUCUUCUUCUUCUGCUUCUUUGGCAUCGACGACUCCUACAUGCUGGCCGCCAUGGCCUAUGACCGCUACGUGGCCAUCUGCAGGCCCCUGCUCUACCACGCCACCAUGGCCCGCGGGGCCCGCCUGCUGCUGGUGGCCGGCGUGUACGCGGCGGGGACCUUCGGGGCGCUGGUCCACACCAGCUACAUUUCCAGGCGCUCCUUCUGCGGGACGAACGUCAUCCACCAUUACUUCUGCGACAUCCUCCCUCUUCUGGCGAUAUCUUGCUCACGAGACUACAGCAAGGAGCGCUGGGUGAUGGUUCUGGUUGGGUUCAACGUGUUCGCCUGCGCCUUAGCGAUCGUCGUCUCCUACGCCUUCAUCGCGGCCAGCGUCCUGCGCAUCCGCUCGGCAGAGGGCAGGGCCAAGGCCUUCAGCACCUGCAGCUCCCACCUGGCUGCCGUGGGCGUCUUCUACGGCUCCAUCGUCUUCAUGUACUUCAAGCCAUCCGCGGAGGACACCACCCAGGAGAAGGUGGCCUCGGUGUUCUACACCACCGUGAUCCCCAUGCUCAACCCCCUCAUCUACAGCCUGCGGAACAAGGACGUCAGGGAAGCCUUGAAAAACAUCCUCAGAGGUGGCACACUCCCAGAGUAA